AUGGAUUCUCUUCAUACGUGGCCUAAUUUUCAGAAACGGUCUUCGAUAUCAUCGGAGAGGCCAUUUGCUCAGCAGGAGCUGACGACUUCUCACGAUCCCGUAAACAGCGAUAUUCGAUUCCGUUCGUCAAUUCGAUACCAACAACCACAUGAUGAAAAUAGAGAGCAGGUAGGUUAUGGCUCGUACUUUGAUUCUAGAUUUCCUCUCUAUGGACUAGACUGGACUUAUACCCAAGACUAUAAAGAGGCCCGAAUAGCCCUCAGUUCUUACCGUGAAGAUGCUACAAACUACGUGCGAGUGAUUGGAGGAACUCCCGGAACAUCAGAUACCGCCAGUUGGAACUUUCAUGAUCUGGCCAGCGCAUCCGUUCGUUAUCCUGUGACUAGACUACAAUGGGAUCCUUCACAGAAGUUUAGCGACACCAAUAAGAACCGAUUUGCCACGACUUCAGAAUGCCUUAGAUUGUACGAGGUUGAUGAGAAUCACGGGCUCAUAGAGAAGCUCUGCCUUGCAAAUUCCAAAGUGAAAAACUUCAACCAACUACCUCCUCUAACGUCGUUCGAUUGGAACGUAAUCGACCCACAACUUAUCAUCACCUGCUCCAUAGACACCACCUGCACCCUUUGGGACAUCUCGCAUAACUCUGGAGUUACAAAGACCCAACUAAUAGCCCACGACAGUGAGGUUUUCGACGUCAAGUUCAUCUUUGGUAAUAAGAAUAUCUUUUGCAGUUGCUCCAGCGAUGGGUCGGUAAGAGUGUUUGACUUGCGUAAUCUCGAACACUCUACCAUUGUCUACGAACCUCAAACUAGGCCCAUUAUUCUUAUAUUGGAUCUACGAUAUCCAGGAGUCCCUCUAGUGACACUCGAUGAACAUAGGGCACCGGUGAAUUCCGUUCAAUGGCACCCUUCUAAGAAUUUACUACUUAGUGGCUCUGAUGAUGGCCAAGUACUCAUAUGGGACAUGGACCGACUAGAGAGCCACAGACCUUACAGUCACGGCGGACAGCACAGUUCAGUUGGCUCAAUAUUUCCUACAAACGGAUUUUCUGCUGACAUGGAGGUCAACAACACUUGCUGGGACCCUACAGGGCACUGGGUUGCUGUCAAUAUUACCGCAAGGGUUACCCGCUUAAUUCGUCUCAAUUCUUCGGUGGCAGAUGUUUCGUCGACUAAAUACAAGGCUUCUUGCUUUCCCAGUAAAGUGGGCUUGAGGGAUCUCGAUACUUUCCCUCGCCGUCAUUUGGGACCACGUCCAAACGAUGUCAAUGAAAUGCUAAAGGUAGUGGAAGCUCCCGAUAUCGAGACUUUUGUCUCUCAUGCUCUUCCUCCUAACAUCCUCGUUAAGAGACCUCUCAAGAUCGAUCCUGCCCAGGGCCUUUCUGAGAGUGCCAUGUUGAAGAGACUGAAGCAAAUUGCUUCCAAGAAUAAGGUUCUUAGAUCUUACAUUGGAAAGGGCUACUAUGGUACUCAUAUGCCAGCUGUGAUCCAACGUAACAUCAUGGAAAACCCUGCCUGGUAUACGUCCUAUACCCCAUAUCAGGCCGAGGUGUCCCAGGGUCGUUUGGAGUCUUUACUCAACUUUCAGACGCUUAUCUCAGACUUAACUGGUCUAUCUGUUGCCAACUCAUCUCUACUCGAUGAAGGUACAGCCGCCGCUGAGGCCAUGAUCAUGGCUUUCCACAAUUCUCGUGGUAAGAGAAGAACUUUCGUUGUAGAUCAAAAUACUCAUGAACAAACGAUUGCCGUCAUUAGCUCCAGGGCAAAUACUUUGGGUUUAAACCUGGUAGUGACCAACUUACUAUCGUCUGAAGGAAUUGAAACGGUCAAUAAUUUGUCCAAAGACCUUUGUGGUGCGUUGGUUUCGUAUCCAGGAGACAACGGCUCAAUUCCAACAAUCACUGCUUUGCAGCGCGUGUCUGAUGUUGUCCACAAUGCAAAGGGAUUACUAGCUGUCGAUGCCGACAUUCUUUCGUUGACACUCAUGCACCCACCCAGCGCAUUCGGUGCAGACAUUGCUCUCGGUUCAACCCAGAGGUUUGGAGUUCCUAUGGGAUUCGGUGGUCCUCACGCUGCCUUUUUCUCAGUCAGGGACGACCUCAAGAGAAAAAUGCCAGGUAGACUUGUUGGUAUCUCCACGGAUAGAUUGGGUAAUCCGGCUUUACGUCUUGCUCUUCAAACUAGAGAACAGCAUAUUCGUCGUGAAAAGGCCACUUCCAAUAUCUGUACUGCCCAAGCUCUUUUAGCCAAUAUCGCUAGUUCUUAUGCUGUUUAUCAUGGUCCGGUUGGUCUCCGUAACAUUGCUAAGCGUACCUAUGGACUUACUGCAUUGCUUGCACGUGCCAUCACCACCAGCUCCAAGCAUAAGAUUCUUGGCAGUGGCAAGUACUUUGACACUCUACGUAUUGAGCUUAAGCACAGUAACGAGACCGCUUCUCAACUACUGGAUAGAGCUGUUAAACAGUAUGGCAUCAAUAUUUUCAAAGUUGAUAAGACCACUGUUCAAUUGUCUUUAGAUGAAACCGUCACGAAGCAUGAUUUGAUCGAUCUGAUCGAAUUGUUCACCGGUAGCAGAGAAAUUCCAAACCCUGAGGAUUUCCCAGAGUUCCCAGAGGAAUGGAAACGUAAGGACCAGAUUCUUACCAACCCGGUUUUCCACGAACACCACUCCGAGACAGCUAUGCUUCGAUAUCUUUAUUCCUUACAGGAAAAGGACAUUGCUCUCACCACUUCUAUGAUCAGUUUGGGCUCGUGCACAAUGAAGCUUAACGGUACUGUAGAGAUGAUGCCAAUUACAUGGCCUGAAUUUGCCGACUUACACCCAUUUGCUCCACGUGAUCAGGCAAAGGGUUACAUGCAACUCAUCGAGGAAUUGGAACAUGAUCUUGAGCAGAUAACCGGAUUUGCAAAGACUACAUUAAUGCCAAACUCGGGCGCUCAAGGUGAAUACACUGGUCUUUCUGUAAUUCGUCAGUACCAUCACUCUCAUGAUCAGUCUCAGAGAAACAUUGUUCUCAUUCCAGUCAGUGCUCACGGUACCAAUCCAGCGUCUGCUACCAUGGCUGGUUUCAAGGUUGUUCCCGUGAAAUGUCUCGAGAACGGUAGUUUGGAUAUGGCAGAUAUGCAAAAACAGGCCGAGAAGAACAAGGACAACCUAGCAGCCUUCAUGAUUACGUAUCCAACCACUUAUGGCCUAUUCGAACCUGGAAUUCGUGAUGCCAUUAACCUCACUCACAAGUAUGGCGGCCAAGUGUACAUGGACGGAGCUAAUAUGAAUGCGCAAGUUGGUUUGACAUCACCUGCUGAUUUAGGUGCCGAUGUCUGCCACUUGAAUUUGCACAAGACUUUCUGUAUUCCUCAUGGUGGCGGUGGACCAGGUGUUGGCCCCAUUUGCGUUGCUGAGCACUUAAAGAAUUACUUGCCUAAACAUCCGUUGGCCGAGACUUCAAAUCUCAAUGCAAAGGAGGCCAUUCAACCGGUUUCUUCUGCACCUUUUGGCUCUGCUUCGAUUCUUCCAAUCUCUUACGCCUACAUCAAGAUGAUGGGAGGCGAGAAUAUCCCGUACUCAUCGGUGAUCGCAAUUUUGAAUGCCAAUUACAUGCUUUAUAGACUUAAAGAUGCUUACAAAAUCAUGUUCAUUGGCACCGGAGAGACCAAAUACUGCGGACACGAGUUCAUCAUCGACUUGAGGCCUUUUAAGAAGUAUCAUAUCGAGGCCAUUGAUGUGGCCAAGCGUUUGCAGGACUACGGCUUCCACGCUCCUACUAUGGCCUUUCCUAUUCCAGACACUUUGAUGGUGGAACCUACCGAAUCCGAGAACCGCGCCGAGUUGGAUAGGUUUGUCGAUGCCAUGCUUGGUAUCAGAGAGGAGAUCAGAGCUGUUGAGGAAGAUAAAACAGACGGACUCAUUCUCAAGAACUCCCCUCACACGAUUCAAGAUUUGAUGCAAGACGACUCAGUUUGGUUGAAACGUGGUUAUACUAGAGAACAAGCUGCCUACCCAUUGCCAUACUUGAAGAAUUUCAAGACCUGGCCAUCGGUGGCAAGAGUAGAUGACGUUUAUGGAGAUACACACUUAAUGUGCACAUGUCCACCUCUGUCAGCAUAUAACGAGAAUUGA